UCGUGGGUAGCGUUGUGUGCCGCUAGUGGUGGCGGACACCCGCCGGAAUCUCACGGGGACGCGCAAACUCCCCGGAGCCGCAGUCGCCGCGGCCCUGGAACCUCCCAGGUCAGAAGAGCUGAGGGAAACAGGUCUCACUCUGCUCAGCCAGACCUGCUCACCUGUGGAGGAGAACAAAGAGCCCUGGAAGGUAGAGAGAGAGGAAACAGUAGCAAAGGAUCCAGGGCAAGAAGGGGCCCAAUCAUUGUUACUGAAACAGAAACUCAGAGCAGAGCAACAAGAAGAAAUGGCCGCUUCUCCAGUAAAUACAUCCCAGGGUCUGCUAACAUUUGGGGACGUGGCUUUGGACUUCUCCCAGGAGGAGUGGGAAUGCCUGGACUCUGCUCAGAGGGCUUUGUACAUUGAUGUGAUGUUGGAGAAUUACAGCAACCUGGUCUCUGUGGAGAACCAUUGCAUGUGUGGUAAUUUCGAGAAGGUCUUGGAUCAAGACUCUAACUACAUUGUCCAUCAGCUUGUGAAUAUCGAAGAGAAGUCUUACAAAUACAAUCAGCUUGGCAAACUGAUUCAUGAAUCCUCCCAGUGUACACCUUAUAACACAAGUGAUACUGUAGAAAACUGCAUCAACUACACAUAUAGUAACCACAGGGAUGCCUCUACUGACUCAUCCAACCUAAACAGACAUAAAGGUGUGCACACUGGAGAAGACCUUUUCAAAUAUAAAGAGUGUAGCAAAUGUUUAAACUUAUGUUCCAGUAUUAGUCUAAAUCAGAGUAUCCACACUCUGAAAAUAGAGCACAAGCAUACAGAGAGUGAUAAACUUUUGGGCUCUGCACACAGACUUGUGCAGCAAAGACUUCAUAGUGGAGAGAAAGCACACAACUGGGGGAAAUGCUUGAGGAGCUGCUCAAACCUCAGUACCCAUCAGAGACUUCAUACUGGAGAGAAGCCAUGGAAAUGUAAAGAAUGCGGUAAGUCCUUUAAGUGGUUGUCUCACCUUAAAACCCACUGCAGAAUCCACACUGGAGAGAAACCUUACAAAUGUAAUGAAUGUGAUAAGGGCUUUUCUCGGUUAUCUAGACUUAAAAGCCAUUACAGAAUCCACACUGGAGAGAAACCUUAUAAAUGUGAAGAAUGUGGUAAGUGCUUUUCUCGAUUAUCGAGACUUAAAAGCCAUUACAGGAUCCAUACUGGAGAGAAACCUUACAAAUGUAAGGAAUGUGGCAAAGCCUUUACCCACUGCACGGGUCUUAGUACACAUCAGAAAAUUCAUACUGGGGAGAAGCCCCACAAAUGCAAAGACUGUGGUAAAGCCUUUUAUCUGUUGUCAACACUUAAGGAACAUUACAGAGUCCACACUAGAGAGAAGCCUUACAAGUGCAAAGAAUGUGGUAAGUUCUUUCAUUGGUUGUCAGGCCUUAAAAGCCACUACAGGAUUCACACUGGAGAGACGCCGUACAAAUGUGGGGAAUGUGACAAAUCAUUUUCUCAGUUGUCAAGACUUAAAAGCCAUUACAGAACCCAUACUGGCGAGAAAUCUCGCCAAUGUGUAAAGUGUGACAAAUGCUUUACCCGCUGCACAGCUCUUAAAAGACAUCAGAAAAUUCAUGCUGAUGAAAAACCCUACAAAUGUGAAGAGUGCAGCAAGUCUUUUUAUGUGUUCUCACACCUUAAAAGCCAUUGUAGAACCCACACUGGGGAGAAACCCUACAAAUGUGAGGAAUGUGGUAAGUGUUUUUCUCAGUUGUCCAAACUUAAAAACCAUUACAGGAUCCAUACUGGAGAGAAACCUUACAAAUGUAAGGAAUGUGACAAGUCCUUUACCCACUGCACAGCUCUUAGCACACAUCAGAAAAUUCACACUGGGGAGAAACCUUACUCAUGCAAAGACUGUGGUAAAGCCUUUUAUUUGUUGUCAAGACUUAAGGAACAUUACAGAGUCCACACUGGAGAGAAACCGUACAAGUGCAACGAAUGUGGUAAGUUCUUUCAUUGGUUGUCGAACCUUAAAAGACAUUCCAGAAUCCACACUGGAGAGAAACCUUACAAAUGUGGAGAAUGUGACAAGUCCUUUACCCACUGCUCGAGUCUUAAGGCUCAUCAGAAAAUUCAUGCUGGGGUGAAGCCCUACAAAUGUGAAGUAUGUGGCAAGUGCUUUUAUUGGCUGUCAAACCUGAAAACCCAUGCCAGAAUCCACACUGGAGAGAAACCAUACAAAUGUAAUGAAUGUGACAGAUCCUUUACCCAGCGAUCUCUUCUUACAAAGCACAACAGGAUCCAUACUGGAGAAAAACACGAACAUAAGAAACUUGUGAGAGCUUUUAAUGAAUGA